AUGCAGGAAGAGUUCGAGAUGUCCAUGAUGGGAGAACUCGCAUACUUUUUAGGACUUCAAGUUAAGCAGACUGAGAAUGACAUUUUUAUACAUCAAUCAAAGUAUUCCAAUGAGCUGUUAAAGAAAUUCAAAAUGCUGGAAUGUAAAGAGGCUGCAACCCCUAUGGCAACGAACUGUUAUCUUGACCUUGAUGAAGCAGGAAAAGUUGUCGAGCAGAAAAUGUAUAGAGGUAUGAUCGGAUCUCUACUGUACUUAACUGCUAGUAGAUCAGAUAUCAUGCAUAGUGUCUGUCUUUGUGCUAGAUUUCAGUCUCAGCCAAAAGAAUCACAUCUUACUACUGUAAAAAGAAUUUUGAAAUACUUGAAAGGAACCAAGAAUCUUGGUUUGUGGUAUCCAAAUGGUUCGAACAUUUUUCUUGAGGGAUAUAGUGAUUCUGACUUUGGCAGUUGUAAACUAGAUAGAAAGAGCACUAGUGGUACCUGUCAUCUGCUAGGAUGUUCUCUAGUUUUUUGGCAUUCAAAGAAUCAAGCUUGUGUGGCUUUAUCUACCACACAAGCUGAGUACAUAGCAGCUCAAAGUUGUUGUGCUCAAUCUCUUUAG